UUUACAGUUUACUGUAAGUAGUGGUAAGUUCAGUAAUCACCACAUGUUGGGUUUUGAGGUAAUUAAUUUUUCAUAGCACGAAUCAAAAAUUUCGAUAGUUUCUCAGAGCCCUCAGAGCGUGUUGGAGAAAAAUUUUGGUGAUAUGUUUGUAAUUUAAAUAAGAAAAGAUGAAGUUUAUAGCUAUUAUUUUGAUUACUCUACAAUUUUUAAACAUAUGUAAUGUUUCUGUUGCUUGGGAUGACGAUGAAUUAGAAGUUUUUGAUGUUGUUGAAGAAGUAAAUCAAAAUUUUUAUCAACUUCUCGGUGUCACACAGGAUGCCAAUGCAACGAGUAUCAGAAAAGCCUUUCGGCAAUUAUCAUUACAAUUACAUCCUGAUAAAAACGAUGCACCUGAUGCUGAUGUUAAAUUUAGAAAUUUAGUCUCAGUGUAUGAUGUUUUAAGAGAUACAAAUAAACGAAAACAUUAUGACAAUGUUCUCGUUAACGGAUUGCCAAAUUGGCGAUCAGCUGUAUAUUAUUAUCGUCACGUUAGAAAAAUGGGAUUAUUGGAAAUGAGUAUUAUUUUAUUUAUCGUUAUAACAAUUGGUCAAUAUAUUGUGGCAUGGGCCGCUUACUUUGAAAAACGAUAUACUUAUGAACAAGUACUAGGUAGUAAAUUACAAAAAUUACAAAAGAAAAACCGUAAAGGUAAAAUGGAAGUACCAGAUUUAGCAGAUAUUCUUGAAAAAAUUCCAACGCCUAGUGUAUGGAAUACAUUACCAUUUCAAUUACCGUGUUGGACUGUAGCAUCAAUUGUAGGAAUUCCAUCAACGAUACGUGCGAUAAAAGAAAUGAUUGAAGAACGAAAACGACGAAAACAAGAAGAGGAAGCAGCAUUAGCUGAAGAAAAUGAAGAGGUAGAAGUUGAGCCAGUGCCAAGAGGCCCUAGACGACGUCGUGCAGGUUUUACGCCACAAGAACACAGUGGUAAUAAUUCGACUGAGUUAAAAAAAAGAGAUAAUAUUCGUGCCAAUCAUGUUUAUGAAAAACCUAAAUACACGGGUGGUCUUUGGACUGAUGAUGAUAUAUUAGAAUUAAUAAAAUUAGUUAAAAAAUAUCCUGGAGGUACACCCGAUCGAUGGGAAAAAAUAGCUGAAGCUAUGAAUCGUAGUGUCAAUGAAGUAACACAUAUGGCAAAAAAAAUAAAAGAUGAAGGUUUGAAGCCUAAUCAAACUGCUGAAGAAUCUUUACCCGUUAAGCUGCCAACAAAAAUUAAAACACGAGCAGAAACUUCUGAAAAUGAAGUAGUUUGGAGCCAAGAUGAACAAAAAGCACUAGAAUCUGCUUUACUAAAAUAUCCAAAAAGUUCUUCUAUCGAUAGGUGGGAAAAAAUAGCCAAUUGUAUCGGAGGAAAAACGAAAGAGGAGUGCCAACAACGAUAUCGUCAACUAGUUGAUUUAGUAAAAAAAAAAAACGAUACAACUCAAUAAUAUGCCAAAUAUUUUUAUAUGAAUAAAUUACUUAAAAAUU